UCACUCCACUUGCGUUUCCCUCCUUUUAGGUGGCGCAGCCCUCCGCCGCUUCCUUCUUUUAUUAUAUCAUUCUUUCCAUUAGCUCCAUCAUUCUCUCUCUACAACCCACAUAACAAAACCUCACAACCCUCUCUCAAAUGGCAACCAUGGCCGCCGUCUCACGCGCCGCUUUCCUCUCCCGUAGUGCCCGAACCAUUAUCCGCUGCAUGAGCAACGUCCCGGAAAACACCGUCUACGGCGGCCCCAAGUCCCAGAGCCCGGAGCAGAGAGUCACCGUCACCCAAAUCAAGAAUAAGCACAAGAAGGGCGAGCCCAUCACCAUGGUCACCGCCUACGACUACCCGUCGGCGGUGCACCUCGACUUGGCUGGAAUUGACAUUGCCUUGGUCGGCGACUCGGCUGCCAUGGUUGUUCAUGGAUAUGAUACCACUCUACCAAUAACGCUUGAUGAGAUGCUUGUACACUGCCGUGCGGUGGCGCGUGGGGCCAAGCGCCCGCUUUUGGUCGGGGACUUGCCUUUUGGGUUCUACGAGUCUAGCUCCAUUCAGGCUAUCGAUUCGGCGGUGAGGCUAUUGAAGGAGGGAGCAAUGGAUGCAAUAAAGUUGGAAGGAGGUUCACCUUCGAGGAUCACUGCGGCAAAAUCUAUUGUGGAGGCUGGAAUUGCUGUGAUGGGGCAUGUGGGACUUACUCCGCAGGCCAUUAGCGUUCUCGGGGGGUUUAGGCCUCAAGGAAGGAAUGUUGCUAGUGCCGUAAAGGUUGUGGAGACAGCAUUGGCUUUGCAAGAAGCUGGGUGCUUUGCUGUUGUGUUGGAAUGUGUACCGCCGCUAGUGGCAGCUGCAGCAACAUCUGCUCUUCAGAUUCCUACAAUUGGCAUUGGAGCAGGGCCUUUUUGCAGUGGACAGGUGCUAGUUUACCAUGAUCUUCUUGGGAUGAUGCAGCACCCACAUCAUGCAAAGGUUACCCCUAAAUUCUGUAAGCAGUUCGCACAGGUUGGAGAUGUCAUCAACAAAGCUCUAGUGAACUACAAGGAAGAAGUGACUAGUGGGACGUUCCCAGGUGCUGCCCACAGCCCCUACAAAAUUAACUCUGUUGAAGUUGAUGGCUUUUUAAGUGAGUUACAAAAAUUGGGCUUGGACAAGGCAGCAUCUGCUGCAGCUGAAGCAGCUGAGAAGAUAAAUACAAACAAAUCAAAGUAACCUGCAAUAACGCAGUCUUUUUAUCUUUUAGCCAAGGCUCAUGUUGGUAAAAAAAACAGUUGAUAAAAAGUUGGAUUUUGAAGUUUAGGAUCAGAAUGCGACAGUCAGAUAUAUCUAAUAAGUCUUGCAUUGUCUUCACAAUAAGCAGGAUUUUUGUUAAGAAUAGUCUGAAGGAACAGAAUGGCACCUUCCUUUCUGUUUUACUCUACAGUGUAGGUAUCCGACUAAUGAAGUAUGGUUCCAUUUUGAGUUGUUCUUGUUUAAAGUUGUGUUUAGAAAUCCUGAGCAACCUAAAGAUUUGAAACCACUAAUGGAAUC